AUGGGCGCUUUGGAUCCGGAUAUCCGCGCGGAUGCGGAUAUCCGGUCUCUUUUUCCGGGGAAAGCGGCAUCCGCACCCGCAUCCGCACCCCCUGGCGGAUAUCCCCCCGCCUCAGCGGGUAUCCGAGCGGAUAUCCUCGGAUACCCGCCCUCUAAAUGGCCGGCGAGGCACAUCCUCGCCGGCUGGAAAGGUUUCCUUCCAGCCGGCGAGGUAUCGUUCCAGCUGUGGAGGCAUAUGUACCUCGCCAGCUGGAAGGGUUUCCUUCCAGCCGUCGAGGUACAUGUACCUCGUCGACCGGAAGGAAGCCCUUCCUGCCGGCGAGGUACACGUACCUUGUCGACCGGAAGGAAAUCCUUCCGGCCGAAGAGCUCCAUGUUCCGGUCAACGAGGUACAUGUACCUCGGUAAAUGUGAGGCGGUCCUUCCCGGCCGAGAGCUACGCGUGACUCGACGGAUGAUCGAAAGUCUUUCCGGACGAGAAUCGCCCCUUGACGCCCUGGAUUUUAAUGGGGGAACCCUCAGCAUGCGCAACACACUGAGGGGAGGGGAGUACUGCGGGAUUUCGGAGAGGAGAACACCUGUCCUGGCCCGUUGA